AAGAGUAUUGCCAGACGGUUUGUUCUGCCACGAGGCCUGGCCUCCAUGGAUGGACUGAUGGUGCGCAAGGAGACGGAUAACAUUAAACAGGAGUUCAAGCUGUCUGAUGCAGUGAUGCAGAUCAAAAAGGAAGGGGAAGAACUUACUGAUUUUCAGAAGAAGAAGAAAAUAAAACAGCACCCUCCUGCCAAGAUUGUCGGCAUGAAUGAAGACGGGUCGCUGGGCCUGCAGAGCGCGAGGCCUCAUGUGUGUGAACACUGCAGUGCCACCUUCCGAACCAACUAUCACCUGCAAAGGCAUGCCUUCAUCCACACAGGGGAGAAGCCAUUUCAGUGCAGUCAUUGCGAUAUGCGCUUCAUUCAGAAGUAUCUCCUUCAGAGGCACGAGAAGAUCCACACAGGUGAGAAACCCUACCGCUGCGAUGAGUGUGGGAUGAAGUUCAUCCAGAAAUACCACAUGGAGAGGCACAAGAGAACUCACAGUGGAGAGAAGCCCUAUCAGUGCAGUCACUGCCAACAGCUUUUCUCCAGGACAGAUCGGGUGCUGAAGCACCAGCGGCUGUGCCGUGAAAGCAGGAGGGCUGACGAGCUGCACGCUGGAGACGGGCUGGCGCUCAGCGAGCAGGGCCUCGGCCAUUCCCCACUUCCUGGGGAUCGCUCGCGGCCGAAGAAGCAAAGGCAUAAAGCUAACGACAAGCCCUGGCAUCCUGUACGCCUCGAAGGGGGGGAGGGGAGGGAGGAGCCUGGACCGGGUAGCAGGGAGCGACCGUCGCCGUACUCGCGAGCGUCGAAGGUGAAGGACGAGUACGAGCCGGCCGAGUGUUCGGCGGAGCGCCGCGAUUCGGCGGUCGGCAUCGGCCGCCUGGCGGAGGUUCCCGCUCCUGAGGCGAACGCCUCCCGCAACGACGUCCUGAAGACGCCCGCGAGCAGGAAGCGCCCGAGGAAGCCGGCCGGGCUGCGGGAGGACUCGUCUCCUACGUCCUCCUUAGACGACGGGAACGUCGCCAGGUACGCCUUCCAGCUGGCGGACAAGCCCGGAUUCCCGGGCCUGGAGAGUCACGCGGACCUGGACCCCCGCCGGGGGGCGCCUGGCAAACCGGCGGCGAGCAGCACCAACUACGACGACGCCGUGCAGUUCCUGAAGAAGAGGAGGUACCUGCAGGCGGGUGGUCCCAGCUCUAGCCGGGACGGCACCCUGAACGCCGGUAUCGCCGCGCAGACCUCCGGGAGCCGAUCCGCCGGAGCCAGCAUCGGCAACGAUGCGGCAACCGCCUGCACUUCAAAUUCUCACGCCGCGAAGACCGAGGUCAAGUCGACCCAGGACAAGAACAUCCUGACCGACGAGGUCUUUCAGACCCUCUUAGACCACUACUCCAACAAGGCCGGUGGGCAGCCAGAGGUCUCCUUCGGUGUGGACGACACAGAGGUGACCUCGCGCGUAUCAGUCCACUCAUCUGAUGUGUCUGCUGGCGGCCAUGUUGAGGCCCUGGGGAUGAGUGCCCAGGCGCCCCCUAGUGGAAAUGCCGGUGUGUUGCAGGAGUACUCCAAGUUCCUCCAGCAGACCCUGGAAAGGACGAGCCAGAAUGACAGUUAUUUGAACACACAGAGUCUUACCUGUGUUCCCAAAAGCCAGUCGCUUUCACACCAGCCAAAAUUCUCUGCCAUUGACACACAUUACACCUCCUCCAGUCGUUCUAGGUCAGGGAUGAACCCGUCUCUGAGCACGAGAAUGUCCUCAGAAAAAUCACACUUUGGGCUGCUUUUCGGGGACUCCCAGCAUUCCUUCUCAUUUUCCGGGGAGGAGACGAACCCAUCUUCAGUCUCCUCAACGGAGGACUUCCUCGAGCAGGUAACCCCUCCGAAAAAGUCCGACAGUCAGGUGACCGACUCACCUUUUCAGAUAGGCGCCUUUGAGCAGAACCUUCGAUCUCAGUUCCAGAGCUCUGGAUCUGCUGUGUCCUCCCUGUUUAGCUUCUCCAGUGGAGCAGUAAAUCUGCAUGGACACGAGAGUGGUACCGAUUUCUCAGAGUACCCUCUAGCCAGUGUGGCUGAUGGCAGAACUCCACCAACCUCAUCCCUGGAUUCUACAGGCAGCCAAAUGUAUAGUUGAUUUAUUAUAAUAAUUUUUUUUUAAAAACCAUUUUAAUCAUUACAUAUCCUCUUUUAUGUCCAACAAAUCUUGGCUACAGAACAUUUGUUAUCCCUAAGUUCAGUGCAUUGCUGUUUAAAGUGUCUGUCCAGCACCUUUUAAUGGCUUCAAAUGAACAGGUUCACACACACAUUGUUUAUAGCGUAUUUGAAUUGUUAAAAUGGUUAUGGGACCCACCUAAAUGAUGAAAAAAAGAUUAAUGGAAGAAAUCAAUCUCAUUCAUAAGAUUGUAGCUGUUGCUGGGCUAGGAUGGUCCAGCUAGGAUAGCAUCUACGGUUGGCUCCUCGGUCAGCUUGCCAGAUUAAUGUACAGAAAAACACUUCCACCCCUUUACUUAUGAACUGCUACUCAAAGUAUCACCAUUUGCUUGUAACUGGGUAGGUAUGUGCAAACUGGCUAUGUGAGCUUUGAAAUACAAAUCAUAUUAAAAGCUGGACGGGUCUGCUAACUGGCUUUUCAGAAGGUGAGUUGUGGAGAUGCAAAAGAGCUACAAAGCAAAUGAGAGAUUUAGCCAUAGGUAGUCCUGACUGAUAGCUAACAAUGGUCUUGGCAUGUUUCAGCUUCAGACUAAUAGUGAUAACAUAGUCUAUUAACAUUCUGGAAAUGUAUUCAGUACAUAUGGACAUUUUGCUGGAUAGACACUUUAAGCCACUGCUAAGCUCUUUUCUUUUAUAUUUUCAGAAUUCAUCUGCAUUCAUCUGAGUUUUCAAUAACAAAAUGGGAAAAUAUCACGUUUAAGACUGUUUGCAGAGAAUUUGUUGGAUAAAAAUGAUUGAUUGUAUUUAUUGUAUGGGGAUGUGAAAGAUUAAAAAGGUUGGAGUUGAUUCGCUGCUGUUUGUAAAUCAAAACAUGAUACAAAUGAAACUAUUUCUUCCCUUAUUAAUGGCAUAACUGGUAGUCAUAUAACAAUUACUGGAAGAUACCACUUAGUCAGAUUGUUCAAUUUGCAGCUUGGUUGCCACAUAAACCAAACUGGUUUUCUUCACUGUUUUUUCUUGUUGGGGGGAAAAGAUUAUCUAAUUUCUCUUUGGACAAAAUUGUAGUAAGUUUAACUUCCUCCCACACAUCCUGUGUACAGGCUUUUAUGUCAUGUGUUUACUUGCAUUUAGAAAGUUUUGUUUAUUUUUUAAUAACUAGAAAAAUAUAACGUAUUGACUUGCUUAAAACUGUAAAUACAUUAGACUACAGUAAUUUUUAAAAAAUAAUAACAAGAUGUUUUUACUGUUACAUUGCAAAACCAUAAAGAUCAUGUUGCUUGACACAAGCGACAGUAUUACAGUGUAUAUAUAUAUAUGUAUAUAUAUAUAUUUCCACAACAAUUUAUUUUAUUGAAGAUUAUUUUUUUAAUUAUUAAAUAACAAAAUAGUCAGAGCAUAUGCUUGGAGUUAACUCUUUAGAUCUAUUUAGUUGAAAAUUUCUUGUAGUUUCAGUUUAUAAAUAUAAUUAUAAAUGUAUAGAUUUACAUUUUUAUGUUAAAUGUAUAAAAAUAAUUUAAAUAUAAUUUAAACAAAAUUUUAAAUAUAACUGAUCUUGUAUUCCCUCUAAUAAUUUGUAAUAUUUAGAUUUGCUACAAACAUACAUCUAUUACAUUAUGUACACAAAAUGCGCUAUAAAUAUGGUGUAGUCUAAUGUACAAAUUAGUAAAUCAGUGCAGUAAAUAAUCAAAAAAAUAGUAAAUGAUCACAACAUGCAUCACUGUUCAAUAAGUUUUUUUCCCCUCUCAAUUCAAUGAAGUUAACAUCAGGGAACAAACUUUAACAUAUUACUGUAAAUUUAAAAUCCAUAAUUUUUAACAUUUAUGAAAAUAUAAUGCACCACUUUAGGUAGAUUAUUUGUAUGGGCUUUCUUUUGAUUUGCUAUAAAUGGUGAAAGUGGUUUGUGACUCAUUUCCUGUUCCGAUUUUUCUUGCUUUCUUCUCUUCAGAAUUGUUGUCUUAUGCCAAGUUUAUGGCUAUAAAAAAUAAUUCUUCCCAUUCAUAUAUAUGCAUUGUUGGCAGUGUAGCAUCAUGGGUAAGAAGCUGGUCUUGUAACAUGAAGUUCACAGGUUUGAUUGCCAGGUAAGCCACUGCUGUUGUACCCUUGAGCAAUGUACUUAACCUGCAGCCUGCAUUGCUUCAGUACAUGUCCUGUAUAAAUGGAUGCAGUGUAAAUGUAAAAAGUUGUGUAAGUCCCUCUGGAUAAGAGCCACUGCCUGUUCCUAUAUGCCUGGAAUGAAAUUUUAAAUUAAAUCAUGGACAGGUAUUUCAUCCUUUAGCUGCUUUACUCUGUCCUCUCAUAACAUUCCUUUUCAUUGAAACUCUGUGAUUAAGAUUAUUGUCUUAUGCCAAGUUUAUGGCCAUUAUAAAAUAAUUCUUCCCAUUCAUACAUAUGCAAUGUUGUCAGUGCAGUAUAAUGGGUCCUUACCCAUUAUGCUACACUUCCAACAAUGCAGAUGUCAACAUGCAGUUAUGAUGCUUAUUUUGAGUUUCUGUCUGGAUGGUACGUAAGGUAUGAAAUGUUAACCAUGAACCUGGUAUGUUCUAAUUUGUAGUUUUGAAUUGGCACUGCAUUAUUUUGUGAUAUUUCGAGUUUUUCAUAUCCAGUAAUGAAAUGUUAUCCAGGGAAGUACAGUACAUCAUUGAACACCUUUCUAUAUCUAUGACUGAGAUUUGUACAUGUGUGUAAUGUUUUUCUGAUUAUAUUGAUCAUUUGGAAAAUACUAUGAAUGGGUAAUAAAUCAUUUAAUUUCAAGUUUUUGUGAAGAUAUAGAAAUAUGGAAAAUCAGUUGUCUAUCAAUUUAAUUUUGGUACACUGGUUGUUUUUAUGUGCAAUAUAAAGCUUUCAAUGGAAGUAUACUGUUGCAGUAUAUGCAGUAUACUGGUUUUUGUUAAUGUCUAUUUUAUUUUUUUAUUUCCAUGUUAAUUUGUGCCUAUAAUACAAGUAAUCCAGUCUGGCUGCAUUAUGUGAAUUGAUGCAGUGAAACAGCUGAAAUCAUUUUUCUUUGUUUUUUUUUUUUUUUUAAUGAAAUUUGACACAUUUGAAGUGUGAUUAUAUUUUUAUGGAGGUAGUUUUUUAAGGGGAAAUGUUAACUCAAAGAACUAUUGCAAGUGGGAAGGGAAAAUAGACACUGAGGCUCUUGGGAUUUUUUAACGCAACAGUAUCAGGAUAUUUUGUCUAUUUUUCCUUUUUUGAAGAACUAUCUGAUUUUCCCUUAAGAAACAAAAUGGGAUGGUUUCAGCAAAGACUGUUAGAAGUCACAGACUGACAUUAUUGCAUACUAGAAUGAUACGCAUAUGGAAAGGGAAAUGUUUAGAUUAAGACAAGCACCCACACCACUUUUAUGUGUUGUAAAAUCGAAAGUGUGUAUUUCUAGAAGUCCGUUUGCUCUGUAACAAUGGAACGGAUGUUGAACGAUCUCCAUAUGUUACAGGCUGAUCUUGGCUUGCCCUUUGUAAAUAAGGUUGACGGGUAAACGGCGCCUCCUUCCAUAAUUUAUAUGAGCGUGUGUAUCCUGUCAACUUGACCCUUAAUAGAUGGUUGCUGGUGGGGUUUUUUUAAGUAAAAAUCAUCAUUCUGAUCGUAUACAUGAGCAGAUAUGCAGAUGAGAUCAUUCAAGAAUUUUAGGCUACAUCAUUACAUACAGCAAUACGAAAUUCUGUUUAAAGACAUUAUUCGGUAUUUUGCGGCUCCCUCUAGUGGUAAAAACGCUAACGCGUCACCGCUUCGUUAAUCAGGGAGAGACUACACAACUCGGGCAAAGAGGCACAGUUCAGGUAGUGCUGAUACUUUGAUAGAUCCAUUUUAUCUUUCACCUCCAUGUGAUAAAAGAAACGUAUUUGACUUUUUUAAAACUUUUUUUCCCCUUCAUGUAUACCUUUCCACUGCACGUUUUGAGUACUUCAGUGAAAUCAUUUGUUGGAACUAGUUGAAAGAGCACUGAGAAUCUGAAGGGUUCAGUUUCUCAAUGCUGACAACCAAAUGUAAUAUUAGUAACAAUAAAAAGAAAAUCCUUUUAGUCUAGAAA